GCCUAUGUUGCUAAGGUGUUCACCAUGGCCUAUAGUCUGGUGGCGGUGCAGGAAGAAGUGAUCUGUGACGCCAUCAAGUAUUUAAUCCUCAACACACAGCAGCCCGACGGCAUGUUUCGAGAAGUUGGAAUCGUGCUCCACGCAGAAAUGACUGGAGACGUAAAGGGAAGAGAUACAGAAGCCUCCAUGACGGCCUUCAAACUGAUCGCCAUGCAGGAAUCACGGCUGCUUUGUGCUGCCACCGUCAACGGUCUGUCAGGCAGUAUAGACAAAGCAGUGAGUUACCUGGAGAGGCGCCUGGACAGCCUCACCAAUCCUUACGCCAUCGCCAUGACUUCCUACGCGCUGGCCAACGAAGGCAAACUCAACCGGGAGGUCCUCCACAGAUUUGUUUCCCCAGAGUUGUCUCACUGGCCUGUACCUAAGGGACAUCAAUACACACUGGAGGCCACAGCGUACGCUCUCCUGGCUCUGGUCAAGACCCGGGCUUUUGAAGAUGCCAGGCCUGUAGUGAGAUGGUUCACCCAGCAGCAGCUUGUGGGCGGAGGCUAUGGAUCAACCCAGGCGACACUCGUGGUGUACCAGGCUCUAUCAGAGCACUGGAUCAAUGCUGAAAAACCAGAGUACGACCUGAAUGUGGACAUUUUGAUGCCGGGCAAGCCGAAGCCUUACAAGUUCAAGGUGAACAGAGGAAACCACCACCUCACAAGAACAUUGAAGAGUAAUGGUAUAAACCACAACGUGACAGUGAGAGCCACAGGAUCAGGAGAAGCAACAGUAACAAUGGUGUCCGUGUACUAUGCUCUGCCUCAAGAAAAACAGAGUGACUGUCAGAGGUUCAACAUGUCAGUGGAGCUCAUCCCAGAGAAAAUGGAUGUUGAGGAGAAGGUAUUCCAGCUGAGAAUAGAAGUCUUGCACAAUGACAAAGAGCGCGAUUCGACUUUGACAACCUUGGACAUUGGAUUAUUGCCUGGCUUCACUGUGGAUACAGAUGACUUGAACCUGUUGUCUCAGGGACGAGCCUACACCAUUGCAAAAUAUGAGAUGAACACCGUGCUGUCAGAAAGAGGCUCGCUCAUCAUCUAUCUUGACAAGGUUUCUCACAUACAACCGGAGGAAAUCAGUUUUAGGGUCAGACAGACACUCAAAGUGGGCGUCUUACAGCCGGCGGCUGUGUCUGUCUAUGAAUACUAUAACGAAACAAAAUGCGUGAAGUUGUACCAUCCAGAGAGGAGAGCCGGACAGCCUCUGUGGUUCUGCAGAGGUGGUGAAUGCACAUGCGUCGCCGAAGGGAGCUGCAGUCUGCAGAAGAAGGGCAAAAUCAGCAAUGAUGAGCGAAGCGCUAAGAUUUGUGAGGCUACACUGACCAACAAAACAGAGUUUGCAUACAAAGUACAACUGGAGGAGACAGUAGCUGAUCUGUCCACAGACACUUACACUGUGAGGAUACUGGAUGUCAUCAAAGAAGGAAACACUGAUGUUGGUCCUAUGGGUAAACUGCGCUCGUUCCUCAGCCAUCAGCACUGCAGAGGGGCUGUAGGUCUUCAAAAGGGUAAAACGUAUCUCAUCAUGGGCUCGUCCCAAGACAUCCGCAGACACGACCAAGGGCAGACGUUUUGGUACAUGCUUGAUGAGAAGACCUGGGUUGAGUACUGGCCCACAGCAGACGAGUGUCAAACAGAUGAACACCGACCGUCCUGUUCGGGCUUAGAACACAUGGUGGAUCAGUUUCAAGUCUUUUCAUGUCUGCAAUGA